UACGUAUAAUAUUUCUGCUUUCCGUUUUCGUCAAAAUCAUUUUAUUCACAAAUUAAUCGAUCAAACACCCUCUAAAUAAUCCCCUAAAUAAUAAUAUAAUUCUGUUGCACUUUUCUGCAAAUGCUCUGCCGCCGAUGGCAUUCUGAUUCGCCGCUCUCAAACGCAAACACGUCCACAGCCGAUUCGGAUGUUCUCUCAUAAUCAACAGCCAAACUAUUCCCCACGGCGGCCGACGGGAGGGGAGAUUUGAUUUGAGAGGCCGUGUAUGGAGGAAUGAUGGAAGGUCUGCAUAGACGGAUAGACACAUGGAUCAAAGAUCAGAGUGCCAGGAUCACGAGCAUCACGCGUUCGCAACUACGGUGGCCAACGGCGGUGAAGUGGCCGUGGGGCGAUGGAAAAGAGCACAGGAAGCGGAUUCAGGAGGAAUAUGAACGGAGGAAGAAGCAACUCAAGGAUCUCUGCUUUGCUGUAAAGGCCGAAUCCGUCUCCGAUUUGCAGGACAUCCUUUGCUGCAUGGUGCUGUCUGAGUGUGUUUACAAGAGAAAUGCAUCUGACAUUGUACGGGCGGUGAACAAAUUUAUGGCUGAUUUUGGAGGAAAUGUUUCUAUAGAACGGGUUCAACCCUCUUCAGAUCAUGUUCCACACAGGUAUUUACUAGCUGAAGCAGGAAACACAUUAUUUGCUUCAUUUAUUGGGACCAAGCAGUACAAGGAUGUCAUGGCUGACGUGAAUAUAUUUCAAGGUGCCAUAUUUCAUGAAGAUCCCACGGAGAACUUCAAUGAGAAUGAAUCCACACAAGUGGAAACUGAGAAAAACAAUGUUGAAAAUUUCUCAAAAUCUAUGGACUUGAUGCCUAAACCAACAAAAUCAAUGCCAAAACCAGCAGUUCACAAGGGAUUCAUGGCUCGUGCUAAGGGAAUACCUGCAUUGGAGCUGUACAGGCUUGCCGAGAAAAAGAAGCGGAAGCUUGUGUUAUGUGGACAUUCUCUUGGUGGAGCUGUUGCAGUAUUAGCAACUCUUGCAAUUUUGAGGGUAGUUGCUGCUUCAUCAAAAGAACAUGAAAAAGUUCAGGUGAAAUGUGUCACAUUCUCACAGCCACCAGUUGGAAAUGCUGCUUUAAAAGAUUACGUGAAUAGCAAAGGGUGGCAGAGCUAUUUUAAAACCUAUUGUAUUCCAGAAGAUUUAGUACCUCGUAUAUUGUCUCCUGCAUAUUUUCACCACUAUAAUGCUCAGCCUCUACCAACACCAUCUGAUGUUAGUGGUUUGACAUCCAUAUCAAAACCAAGAGGGAUGGAUACAAAGAAGAAUGAAAAGAGAAAAGAGAAGGAUGGGGAGCAGCUGGUGCUGGGUGUAGGUCCAGUCCAGAACCCAUUUUGGAGACUCUCUAGGCUUGUGCCUUUGGAGGGUGUUAGAAGCCAGCUCUAUAGAUACAGUGGCAAGAAAGAUGAAUCUCUUGAGACAUCAGACAGCAGUGGUUCAGCAUUACCAUCAUCACUUAAUGAUAUAUCUGCCCCACGGUCUCUUGAAAUCCAGGAAGGUUCUGAUGGAAUUACUCUUCGGCCAUUGCCCCAGGCAGUUGAAGAUACUUCUAGUGAACUUAAAAAUGGAAAAUUUUCUGCAAGUAAUGGAGAGAAGAGGUCACGAAGAAUAAUGCCUUCAUUACCUUCAUAUGUACCGUUCGGCCAGCUUUUUCUUCUGGGGAGUUCAUCAGUAGAGUUUCUUUCUGGUGCAGAAUAUUCCAAACUGAUAUCGGUCAAAUCUGUGCUUACUGAAGUAAGAGAACGAUUUCAGUCACAUUCAAUGCGGUCAUAUAGGGCCCGGUUCCAAAGAAUCUAUGAGCUUUGUACAAGUGAUGAAACUUUGACUUUUUUGGGGGUGGAGAAAACAACGAAGCAAUUUCCGCAGUUGCAGAAGUGGUUAGGCAUUUCAGUUGAAGGAGGUGCUGUUGAACUUGGGCAUAUUGUAGAACCUCCUAUUAUUCGUGCGGCCACCUCAAUAGUUCCACUGGGUUGGAGUGGGGUUCCUGGUGACAAGAACUCUGACUCUUUAAGAGUUGACAUUUCUGGCUUUGGAUUACAUCUAUGCACACUUGUUCAAGCUCGGAUUAACGGUCGCUGGUGUUCUACCACGGUGGAAUCUUUUCCAUCACAGCCAGAAUACUCCGCAGGUCAUGCACAACUUCCAGAAUUACAGCACAUGCGGGUUUCAAUUGGAGCUCCACUAAGAAGGCCACCAAAUCACCAAAUGGGUGAUGACAUGUUACGGCCAAUGUUCCCUCCUAUAAAUUCUGCCCGCAUUGAUCUGAAAUCAAUGCAAAGUGCUGCUUCACCUAGUGAGGGAAAUCUUUUGCACCCCGAUGGGUUAGAUCUUGUCAUUUUUUGCAGAACAGAUUUUGGUACUGUCUCAAAAGUGGUUGACAUAAGAACCCGCCGAGUGAGACUGAUUGGCCUAGAGGGCGCUGGUAAAACUUCUCUUCUAAGGGCAAUUUUGAAUCAAGGAAGAGGUAUGCCUAGUGGUUGUGCUGAGAAUCUGCAUAUGGAUGCUGAUGUUCAAGAAGGCCUUAUUGGUGGCUUGUGCUACUCAGAUUCAUCUGGAGUUAAUUUGCAGAAUUUGAAAAUGGAGGCAUCUUGUUUCAGGGACGAACUGUGGAAAGGUAUUCGUGAUCUUGGUAAGAAGACAGAUUUAAUCGUUCUUGUGCAUAACUUGUCUCACCGGAUACCUAGAUACAGUGAACCCACUUCAUCCUUCCAGCCCAAACCGGCUCUUUCCCUUCUCUUGGAGGAGGCUAAAUCUCUUGGAAUCCCUUGGGUGCUUGCCAUUACAAACAAGUUUUCUGUGAGCGCACAUCAACAAAAGGCAGCAAUUGAUUCUGUUCUUCAUGCAUAUCAAGCAUUUCCGAGCACAACUGAAGUAAUCAAUUCAUGCCCGUAUGUAAUGCCCACUGCAUCGGGCGAUCCCAUUGAAACCAUGAGUCCUCAUAAGCUGAUAUUUGCACCGCUUAGAUUUGUUACAAGACCUUUUCAGAAGAAAGCUUCUGUUUUCCCAGUAGAGGGUGUAUCUAAUCUUUGUUGCAUCGUGCAUCGUGUGCUUCGAAGCUAUGAGGAAGCAGCUUUUCAGGAGCUGGCCAAAGACAGACUUUUCAUGGAAUUGGUGAGGGAGCAUGCAGUCGCUGCCGAUGCAACCCGAGAGGCGACGGCAAAGGAAAAUGCCAUUUCCGCAGCAGCAGUGGGAGCUUCCCUCGGAGCUGGCAUCGGCAUUGUGUUUGCUGUAGUCAUGGGUGCUGCUUCUGCUUGGAGAAAACCUUGAAAAGCUUUGGCUAAAAUCCACCAUUGGUCCUUCAACUUUAGCAGUUGUGCACGAUUGGUCCUUCAAGUUUCAAAAGUCCAUAAAUAGUCCUUCAACUUUAUGAGUUCUGCACCAUUGAUUCUUCAAGUUUUAAAAGUUCAUAAGUAGUCCUUCAGGUACACGUCAACCCUCCAUAUGAAGUCCUUUUGACAAUAAAUAUUAAAAGUUAAACAAAAUACUAGUUUCAUAUAAUACGAGUAAAUUCUACUAGGUACGACUACUCCAUAUUAUAUGGAGCUAGUAUUUCAUUUAGCUUUUAACAUUUACUGUCAAAAGGACCUCAGCUGGAGGGCUGGAGGGCUGACGUGUACUUGAAUGACUAUUUAUGCACUUUUAAAACUUGAAAGACCAAUCGUGCAUUAUUCAUAAAGUUGAAGGACUAUUUACGGAGUUUUAAAACUUGAAAGACCAAUCGUGCACAAUUGAUAAAGUUAAAGGACCAAUGGUGGAGUUUAGCCAAAAGCUUUUAGUCCCCACCCCUCCCCCACCACCUGUUUUGGUAGAUGGAAUGACUAGUUCUUUUUUUCCCCACUUGAAAUAACUGAAAUGUGAAUAUGUGUACAAUAUAGUUCGAUUUUGUUAGGCAAGAGGAAGGAUAUAAACUAUUUUUUCAUUA